UUCAAACCUUCAUCAAAGUUUUUUAAUUGUAAAAUGUGAAUAUGUCGAGAUCAUUCAAUUUUUGGUGUGUUUGGUGUCAAUUCAUUGUUAGUGUUAUUUGUGGUGUAACAAAAGUGUUGAUUUGAGAAGGAAAAUUGUUUGUCAAAGUUAUAAUUUAAAAAAAGAUGGAAAUCGAGGAGUUAAACGAAGCAGUCAACGAUUUAAAAAACGCAAUAUCUCAGUUUCCAGUGGGAGUUAACAAAUUGGAUGAUUAUAUGCCAGUUGAGGAGAAAAUCAUUAAUUUGAGAAACGAAUUGAAAGCCAUUGAUGCUAGAUGUCUAACCUUAAAUGCUAUUACUGACAUGGGAAUGUCAGAUGAAUUGCCACAGGGAGAUUUGAACAAAGCCUUGGAAAAUCUUAAUUUUAACACAACGACAUAUUUGAUUAAUACAAAAACUUUGAGCCAAUGUCUACAGAGCAAAGCUAUACAGGAAAUCAUUUACAAUGAUGCAGGGACAAAAGAGAUUCAAAGCAAAAUCAAAAUAUGCCUGAGUAAACUAUUUUUAUUCAAUGACAAGCUACUGGCAAAAGAUGAAACCAUCAAGGAAUUGAAAAAGAAGCAGUAUCUCUUAAAGUUGGAUUGUCACAAUGCUAUUUAUGAUUACCAAGACUUUUUGAAAGAAAAAGAAACUAGGAGAAACAAAAAGCUUAAAGAAACUCAUCCAGAUUUUAUUUAUAAUAAGGAGAAGAUUGAUCGCACAAUUUCGAAAAUUAAUACCAUGAAAAAAUUGAUAACAAAUUUAAUUGCUUCGAUGAGCAAAGAGCUAGAUGAAAAAGAAGAGCUGGUAGAAUUGUUGGAAAAACACAAGGGCUUAGUGAAUCUUGAAAAAAUCACAGAUAUGGCUCUUAAUCAGAGCGUAUAAAGUCCUUUAGUUAUUUGCUUUUUUUUUUUUUUUAUAUAUGGAGAGUGUUAAUUUAAACUUUAGAGUAUAUUGUUAUCUUUCGAAAAACUAGCAAUUAUACACAUUCUUGCCGUUAUCAUUCGAGCCCAUUUUUUCUUUUUUGAUUGAAAUGAGAGGAAAGAAUGAAAUUUCCAGCGACAGAUAAGCGCAAAAUACCGCUAUCUUCUUUACCGAUUAAAUUAUUAUCGAAGUACCUUGCACUCUGACUUAACUACAAAUAAGUACAUAACACGGCACACGGCAGCUAAAGCUAUAAACUUUACAU